AUGGCUGUAGAUACUUUGAACAAUGCAAUUGCUGGAUUUCCAAAGUACGAACAUACCCUUCCAAAUGAAUUGGUGUGCGCAGCCGCCACCGAAGAUUGUUGGUUCAAGCAGUGUCCAAAUUGUAAAGAUGGUAAGCUACUCCAAAGCAAGUUCAAGAGCAUGGAGAGUCGAGCACUGUAACUUGGCAUGUUCGGGCCAAUGAUGCAGAUGGCAAGCUCUGCAAGAUAGUAAAGGAAGGCACAAGUGAUGACCUCUUCUCCCACCUAUGUGCUAUACUGCCAGAGUUCCUCCAGCACAGCUACACCAAAAGAAACCAAGCUGAAAGCUACCAUAAUGAAAGAGAAGCUGUUAGUGGUGAUUUCGACCAAUCAUUUGCUAUGCCGCAAGUUGAUUUUUCAGAAAAUUAUACUUGCAUGUUUCAAGAUGAGAUCCAAAGAGCUCAUUGGAAACAGGAUCAAGUCAGCUUGUUUACUGCUGUUCUUUGGUUUGAUGGAAAGCUCCACCCGAAGGUGAUUACAUCUGACAACUUAGAUCAUGGCAAAGAUACAAUCGUCACUUACAUCUACCAUCUCCAGAAUAUUCUUCCCAACACAGUGGAAACAAUCUCCAUAUGGUCCGAUGGCCCUUUGUCCCAGUUUAAGAAUCGAUUUAUUGUUGCAGUUAUCUCAGCACUUCAAGAGAAACACAAAGUAAACAUCAGAUGGAACUUCUUUGCAACAUCACAUGGCAAAGGCCCAGUUGAUGGCAUUGGAGGCUCAGUCAAAAGACAAGUCUGGACAUCAGUCAGCACCAGAAAAGCUAUUGUUACAGAUGCAACCUCAUUCUGUGCAGCUGCAAACCAAGCAUCCAAUGUUGAGGUCAUAGAAAUGAAAAGCAAGGAAAUAGAAGAACGGAAUGUAGAACUUAACCUAGAAGAAGUGUCUGAUAAAGCUCCUGCAAUAAAAGGUAUCAAUUAUUUCAUAUUCAAGUAGAAGAUUCAUGGAUUUCCUACUCUCUCCUUUUUCUCUCGACUUAUCGUUUCCAAUUAACCCAUUCACCCCUCUUUUAAUUUCUAUAAUCGUUAUUGCCAUAAUUUAUCAUGUAUAUGCAAUUCAUACUAUUGAAGUUGAAGUAAAUAACAAUAAAUUUGAAUACUGGUCCUAUAAUUAUUUAGGUUACACAAUGUCUCACACCAGUACUUGUCCCAUUACCUAUUUUGACCAAAACAAAUGUUGAUAUUACCCAUAGGGAAGGGUUAGAGCUAAACACGCUCCUUGUACUGUUUGGUAGUUAUGACAUUGACCCAUCAUCUCCCACUCCAUAACAAUGGACCAUUAUGGUUUAUUUACCGCCUUUAUCUAAUAUUCCCUAAUUUUUACCUUGAUCCUUGCUUAUUAAGGUUGAUAAAUAAUAUUUUCGGUGGUCAUGUUUCAAUUGCCCACUUGUUUGCAGUAUAUUUUGCCUAUCUAUUAUUUUGUUUGUUUUAUUUUGUUUUUAGUUACUCCUUUUCUCAGCUCAGAGUCGGAAUCUGCUGUUGAUAGCAAUAACCAUAACAUUGACAAUCAUAAUAAUUAUAGCACUAACACUAAUAUUGAGGCCUCCAAUAACCAGACUAAUGCUUGUACACUUUCCAAUACCAUAGCUAAAACCUACGAAAUCAAUCCCAUAGAGAAUGAGGCUACUAUCAGCCAUCCCCAAAUAUUGGUAGAGGAUAGUAUGACUGUAGCACUAAUGGCAGAUAUAAUGAAAGAUGACGAUACUGACAUGGAGACUGACAUCACUGACCCCACAACAGAACGUAAAUUACUUGGCCCAGAGGAUGACAACAUUAACACUUACACUAACAAUGAGACGCAAAAUUCCUCUGAUUCAACUGGACUGGAAGGCCUAACCCAAAAAUCACCGGAGAUAACACACAAACUUCACUCUUCUAAGGCUCUUAACAAUAAUAACCUAGACACUAACCGGAUCAGAGACAUCAUUAAUAUGGCGCUUUUUCGGGUUCAAAAUGUAAUACUAUAA